AUGUCCGAAGAAGCGCCGGUACCCAUGGUCGGGCGGGUUCUGUGCAUGGGCAUAUCGCUCUUGUCGGCUACGACCCUCGCUUCGUUUCUGAAGAUGCUUGAUCAUCAAGUCGUGGACUCGGCUCCCGAUUCUGGUGUGGUGUAUGCGAUCCCUCAUGGUAACGACGUUUGCUCGCGUCUGACUUGGCGCUUGGCCGCAGUGGUCUUUGCAAUUUACAUCGAUUCAUACCUAUUCGUCUUUGCCACGGCUAUCCUGCAACAGUCCGUCGGCGUCAACUCGAGCCUUUCGACGUGCGAAGGGGCCAUUUUGCUCUGUCUGGCGUGCUACGUCAGCACGAAAUUCAUCUACCUCUUUCUGGUUGAAAAGGCGCACUUCGUGAGAGGCACUUCCAAGAAGAGAAUGCGCUCCAAGCUGUACAUGUUCAACUGUUUCGGCAUGCUCGGACUGUACAUCAUAGUCGGCAUCCUCAACGUCGUCUUUCGCAUAGCCAAGUUGGAAAACGGCGUGUGCGUGAUCGGCAUGAAGAGCGUUGCCAUGAUUCCGCUCCUCUCCUUCGACACGGUGGCCAAUAUUUACCUGACUAUUCUCUUCCUCGUCCCGCUCCGCAACCUUUAUUCGUACCGUAACUUGCCCCGGACGCCGGCGACCAUGAGGCUACGCGUCGCCGCGAGUCGGACUCUCUGCGGCGCAGUUGCCACGCUGCUCAGCAGUAUAGUCAACAUUGCCGUUCUCAUGGCGCUCAAGGGAGAGGCAGGCUGGAUCUGCCUGCUGUGCUGCAACUGCGACAUCUUGUUCUCCGCCGCGGUCAUCCAGUGGAUCACGUCCAAGGACAACGCCGGCACCUCGAGCGUGGCCUCGACGGACGGCGAGACCCACGGGCCGGUGAAGCGCAAGGCGGCGCGGGGGCUCCCAUGCCGUGCCUUGCAAUCCGUCUCUUCGGCCCCCGACAAGGAGUCCCUGUCCGCGACGGACCUGUGUUCGACCAGGAGCGCGGCGAAUUCGGACGGCCCCCUCGGCUCGGGCGGCAUCCUUGUGACGACGACCAUCAAGACGGAGGAGAUGGAACCGCGCGGCUCGAACAAGCCCCGUGAUGCCAGGGACGGGACGACGACACAGGUGCACGACGCGUAUGCCGCCGAGGAGGGCCGCGUCGUCUUCGACCGCAACGUCGACGACGGCUACGGCUCAAGAGCCCCGGGCGGCUGCGGCGCGUACGAGACAGUCAUUGUCUCGGGGUCCGGCCGCGGUGCGCAAUGA